UCUACCCUUACUGGGUAUACAACACGGCCGUGACGACGAAUUACUAACGAAGCAAAAAAAAUCUCUAACACAAAAAAUAGUAGUGAAUCAUAAAACACAAGUUUUUUUCCUCCUCAUACUGAUUUUUUUCCUCCAAUCGAUUGCAAAUUUUCGAGAAAAAGUUAUUUUUUUCAAAACGAAAAAGAAAAUUCCAUGAAAUUCAAGUGAAAUUCUGUGAAAAUCGCAUUUGGUCAAUAGUGAAAAUUUUGAGCUCACAUCAAGAAAAAUCCUAUUUUUUCUGUAUAAUACUUGGAAAGGAAAAGAAGAAAAUUGUGAGUGAGUGACUGUGUGAGAGUGUGCGUGUGUACGAGUGAAGGUGUCUUAACUUUUGGAAAAUUUUCUUUAAACCCAGUCGAAAAAGUAAUACGCAAAGCAAAGUUAAAUUUAUUUUUCCUCCAAUAAAAGUGAAAAAAAUUCCUAUUUAUUAUUAAAAAACAAGAAUACACAUAUACAAAUGUAUGUGUAUAUGAAAAUUUCAAACGAAUGUGCGCAUUUGGAUAUUUUUUAAUAUUUUCUUUGAUUUUGACGACAAUUUUGAUUUUGUUACUAAUUUGUGCCACAACACAACAAAAAUCGUUGCUGCAAUUGAUUGAUUUUCAAGUCCAAAAUUUUUUCAAUACAACAACUACAAAUUUAUCAACUAUUAUUACAACAACUACAACAACAAAAGCGACAUUUAUAAACGACAAACAGCCAAUAUUUUUACAAUCUCCUCCUUCUUCCCCAUGAAUUGAAAACUAAAAGUGAAAAAGAUCAAUAGAAAGUUGAACACAAAAGAUAAAAUACCAAAUUGAAAUAUUCAAAACGUGAAAAGUGAAAGAAAAUUAUUAAUAAAGAGAAAUAUGAUGCAAAUGUGAAUAAAUUUCAAUACACAACAAAUAAAUUUGAAACAUAAGAUUCUCUAGUCAACUUUUUUAUUUCACCGUUGUACUAGGCCGCCUUUGGGCCUCUCACCGCCAAGAUGUCGUCGGUUAAAGUGGCGGUUCGAGUGCGUCCCUUCAACUCGCGGGAGAUAAGUCGAGAGUCAAAAUGUAUCAUAGAAAUGUUCGAUAAUACAACCACAGCCAUUACAAAUCCCAAAGUUCCACCCAAUUCUGCUGAUUCGGUUAAACGUUUUAAUUUCGAUUAUUCCUAUUGGUCACAUAAUCCCAAAGAUCCAUGUUUCUCUACACAGGCCAUGGUCUACAAGGAUAUUGGCGAGGAGAUGUUGCAGCACUCAUUCGAUGGCUAUAACGUGUGUAUAUUUGCCUAUGGGCAAACUGGUGCUGGUAAAUCCUAUACCAUGAUGGGAAAACAGGAAGAACAUCAGGAGGGUAUAAUACCCAUGAUUUGUAAAGAUUUAUUCCGGCGCAUUGCUGCAACAGAAUCAGAUGAUUUGAAAUAUUCCGUUGAGGUCUCCUAUAUGGAAAUCUAUUGCGAACGUGUGCGAGAUUUACUCAACCCUAAGAACAAGGGAAAUUUACGUGUCCGUGAACAUCCACUGUUGGGUCCCUAUGUUGAGGAUCUAUCCAAAUUGGCUGUCACCAGCUACCAAGAUAUCCACGAUCUCAUUGAUGAGGGCAACAAAGCCCGUACUGUGGCAGCCACCAACAUGAACGAGACCAGUUCUCGUUCUCAUGCCGUCUUUACAAUUUUCUUUACCCAACAGCGGCAUGAUGCAAUGACCGAUUUGAACACAGAAAAAGUCUCCAAAAUAAGUUUGGUUGAUUUGGCCGGUUCGGAACGUGCCGAUUCCACGGGUGCCAAGGGUACACGUCUAAAAGAGGGCGCCAAUAUCAAUAAGUCCCUGACCACAUUGGGCAAAGUUAUUUCAGCUUUGGCAGAAAUUGCUUCCAAAAACAAAAAAUCUAAAAAAGCUGAUUUCAUACCAUAUCGUGACUCAGUUUUAACCUGGUUGUUGCGUGAGAAUUUGGGUGGAAACUCCAAAACUGCUAUGAUUGCAGCUAUAUCACCAGCCGAUAUCAAUUACGAUGAAACGUUGAGUACUUUGAGAUAUGCUGAUCGUGCAAAGGCAAUUGUCUGCAAAGCUGUUGUCAAUGAAGACGCCAAUGCCAAACUUAUUCGCGAACUCAAGGAAGAAAUUCAAAAACUGCGAGAUCUCUUGAAGGCCGAGGGUAUUGAAGUGCAAGAAGCUCUAAGCGGAACCGAUGAAAAUAGUAGGCCUGAUGGCAAAGUGGUUUGUGAAAAACGCGAUACAAAUAAAGAUGAAAUCAAGAAUGGUGGUGGUAAUAAUGGCGGUGGAACUAUUAAAUCGCCCAUUAAUCGUAAUCGCAAUGGUUCAACAGCCGAAAUGGCUGUGGAUCAAUUACAGGCCAGUGAAAAAUUGAUUGCCGAGCUUAAUGAAACCUGGGAGGAGAAACUUAAACGUACCGAAGAGAUUCGUCUACAGCGUGAAGCAGUAUUUGCCGAAAUGGGUGUAGCGGUCAAAGAGGAUGGCAUGACUGUUGGUGUUUUCUCGCCCAAGAAAACUCCCCAUUUGGUGAACUUGAAUGAGGAUCCCAAUUUGUCGGAAUGUCUGUUGUAUUACAUCAAAGAUGGUAUUACUCGUUUGGGUACCCAUGAGGCCAAUGUGCCACAGGAUAUUCAACUGUGCGGUUCACACAUCCUGAAAGAACACUGCACUUUUGAGAAUCGCAACAAUGUUGUCACCUUGAUACCCCACAAAGACGCUUUGGUCUAUUUGAACGGUCGCCAGAUGGUCGAGCCACAAGUGUUGAGAACUGGAUCGCGUGUUAUUUUGGGCAAAAAUCAUGUAUUCCGUUUUACAAAUCCCGAGCAGGCUCGUGAAAUACGUGAAAAAAUUGUCGAAAACGCCGAGAAUGAAAAUGAGAACGAGAAAUGUGAUACUCAAGAGGUCGAUUGGAAUUUCGCUCAAUGUGAAUUGCUGGAAAAACAGGGUAUUGAUUUGAAAGCUGAAAUGAAGAAGCGUUUAGAUGUCCUGGAAGAACAGUAUAAGCGUGAAAAACUACAGGCCGAUCAAGAGUUUGAGGAGCAACGUAAGUCAUAUGAGGCUCGUAUUGAUGCUUUGCAAAAACAAGUGGAAGAACAAUCGAUGACCAUGUCUAUGUACAGCAGCUACACCCCAGAAGAUUUGCAAGAUGAAGAGGUUUACUCUAAUCCAGCCUAUGAAUCAUGUUGGAACGCACGCGAGGCUGGCCUGGCUGCCUGGGCCUUCCGCAAAUGGCGUUAUCAUCAAUUUACCUCACUGCGUGAUGAUUUAUGGGGCAAUGCCAUAUUCCUCAAAGAGGCCAACGCUAUUUCCGUCGAAUUGAAAAAGAAGGUGCAAUUCCAAUUCACUCUUCUCACCGACACUCUGUAUUCACCUUUGCCACCGGAGUUGGCCUCGUCUGCAUCUCCUCUCCAGACUGAAGAUGAAUUCGGUACUCCACCAGUAUCGAAAACCUUGGUUGCCGUGGAAGUUACCGAUACAAAGAAUGGUGCCACACAUUACUGGUCCUUGGAGAAGUUACGUUAUCGCUUGGAGAUGAUGCGACAAAUUUACAAUGUGGAGUCACCACCAUCCUCAAUGCUCUAUGAUACCUCAGCCCUAACUGACGGUUCAUCCAUACAAAAUUCAGCUUGUACUCCCAACAACAAUACCGACAUUAAUGUCCCCCAUCCUUCGGAAUCAUUGUCGUCCAGUUCGUCAACGCCAUCGUCGUCGAUGUUGAGUGAGGCAACGACUGAGUGUUGUAAUCGAUUGCAAGAAUUUGCUCUGAACGGUUAUUUGGGAAAUGUUGUGAAACAACAUCAGCUACAGCGUCAACAACAGCAACAGCAACAACAAUCCAAUUUCCAUCUACAAAAACAUCAACAGCAACAACCAUCACCUUCAAAAUCGAAUCAAUUGAAAUCAAACAGCAAUUCACCAUCCCGUCUAUCAUUGGCUAAUCUUAUGCCCUCUAGACAACGAUUGGAGUUGAUGCGUGAAAUGUAUCACAAUGAAGCCGAACUCAGUCCAUCGUCGCCCGAUUACAAUGUUGAAUCUCUCACAGGCGGUGAUCCAUUCUACGAUCGUUUCCCAUGGUUCCGUAUGGUGGGUCGAUCAUUUGUCUACUUGAGCAAUCUCUUGUAUCCGGUUCCAUUGGUUCACAAGGUGGCCAUUGUCAAUGAACGUGGUGAUGUUCGUGGCUAUUUGCGUAUUGCCGUACAACCAGUUUUGGAUGAGGAAUCGUUGGAUUUCAAUAAUGGUGUGAAACAGUCGGCUCGCUUGAUAUUCAAUGAAGACGAUGCCAAGCCCCGCUAUAGAGCUUUGAAUGACAAGGAUGAUGUGCAGCGUUACAUUGAGAAUGGCAGUGCUUUGGAUAGCAAACUUGAAGAACUGGGAGAUGUCGACUCUGGCCGCGGCAUUGAUUCCAACUCGGCAUCGGAAUGUCAGGAGGCCCAGGAUGAACCUGGUGAACACUUACAAAUUGGCAAAGAAUUUACAUUCCGUGUUACAGUAUUGCAGGCUACUGGUAUUGGAGCUGAAUAUGCAGAUAUUUUCUGCCAAUUCAAUUUCUUACAUCGUCACGAAGAGGCAUUCUCCACUGAGCCUGUGAAGAACUCGGCCGGUGAUCGAUUGGGUUUCUAUCAUGUGCAGAAUAUUACUGUUCCCGUUACCAAAUCUUUCAUUGAAUAUUUGAAAACACAACCGAUUAUGUUUAAAGUUUUUGGCCACUAUCAGACACAUCCUUUGCACAAGGAUGCCAAACAGGAAUUCGUAUCACGACCACCACCAAGACGCAUGUUACCACCAAGCAUACCCAUUUCACAGCCAGUACGCAGUCCCAAAUUUGGACCGCUGCCAUGUCCUCCAUCGUCGACAGUCUUGGCAAAACAUGAUGUUUUGGUGUGGUUUGAAAUAUGCGAAUUGGCGCCCAAUGGCGAAUAUGUGCCGGCGGUUGUUGAACAUAGCGAUGAUCUUCCUUGCCGUGGCCUAUUCCUAUUGCAUCAAGGCAUUCAGCGACGUAUACGCAUUACCAUUGUCCACGAACCAACACCCGAAGUGAAAUGGAAGGAUAUUCGCGAAUUAGUUGUGGGACGCAUACGCAAUACCCCUGAAUCGUCCGAGGACGAUGAGGAUUCAUGUGUUUUGUCUUUGGGUCUGUUCCCUGGCGAAGCCAUCGAAGUGCCCGGUGAUGAUCGGUCAUUCUUUAGAUUUGAAGCAGCUUGGGAUUCGAGUCUCCAUAAUUCUGCAUUGUUGAAUCGGGUGUCACAGGGUGGUGAAACAGUUUACAUAACACUGAGUGCUUACUUGGAGUUGGAGAAUUGUGCUCGUCCAGCUAUUAUUACAAAAGAUUUGAGCAUGAUCAUUUAUGGUCGUGAUGCUCGUACCGGUCCACGUUCGUUGAAACAUCUAUUCUCUGGUCAAUAUCGUAAUCCAGAGGCAAAUCGUUUGUCGGGCGUUUAUGAAUUAUCAUUAAGAAGAGCAUCUGAUGCAGGUAGUCCAGGUGUUCAACGCCGACAACGUCGCGUCCUUGAUACUAGCUCAACCUAUGUCCGCGGUGAAGAAAACUUACAUGGCUGGCGUCCACGUGGUGAUUCGCUCAUCUUCGAUCAUCAAUGGGAACUUGAGAAAUUGACACGCCUCGAAGAGGUGGGACGAGUUCGUCAUUUGUUAUUGUUGCGUGAACGCUUGGGCAUGGACACAAAUCCAAAUCCAACAACAAAAACCGAAAAGGAUGUGUGCAAUUUGGCAGCUAAAGCGGCAACAUCGCCUGUACAUAUGGUCAUACCACCAUCACCACAGACCCCAGUAAAGGACUCACAACAAAUACUACCUGAGCGUGAGUACAAUGAACGUGAAAUCGAGCUGAUGAACAAAUGCUUAAAACUAAUACAAGGCCGCAGCAACAAAUCAGAUAAUAAUGAUAACCAAUCACAAUCGGAUGUGUCGCCCAGCGAUGAAGGAUGUGCUGAUAUGACUGUCAGCUGCAUAUCCAGCAGUUCCAUAGAAUUAUGCUCUCCCGAUCGAUCGGAUGCCCCCAAUGGCUGGGAAGCUCCAGCCCCGGCUACUCAACCAGCUCUCCCUCUACGCUUGUAUGUACCCGAAUUGGAGGAGAUUCGUGUCAGUCCUGUGGUGGCCCGCAAGGGUUUGUUGAAUGUGUUGGAACAUGGCGGUUCCGGUUGGAAGAAACGCUGGGUGAUUGUUCGCCGUCCUUAUGUUUUUAUUUACAAAUCUGAAAAAGAUCCGGUUGAACGUGCAAUCUUGAAUUUGGGUACAGCUCAAGUUGAGUGCAGCGAAGAUCAAGCAGCCAUGGUUAAGAUUCCAAAUACAUUCAGCGUUGUAACCAAACACCGUGGUUAUCUCUUGCAAACCCUUGGCGACAAAGAAGUCCAUGAUUGGCUGUAUGCCAUUAAUCCAUUGUUGGCUGGGCAAAUCAGAUCUCGUUUAGCGCGACGCACACAAGAGACCGCCUCACAAACAGCUUCACAGAUCCAGGCUACAAUUGCCACAAACACCGGAAGUAAUAAUAAAUGAGAUACGAUUACGAUGGAAUCCGUUUUAGUAUAUUGAACAAAUUCUAUCCUCACAAAACUCCAUAACAACAUUUAACACAUAAGGAUAGCAGUCAUGGACUUUGGAUCUUGUCAAGGAGUGCCAGUAUGGAAAUGGGCAAGGACUUUGUUAAAAGACCAAAAAAAUAACAAAAGGAAAAAAUAUCUUCUACAACUAUCUAAAAUGCAAAAAAUAAACGGAUUCCAUCGAUGAUGAUAAUAAGAUUUGAAACAAAUAACAACAACAAAAUUGAAAUGCAGGCAUUGAUUGUUUACAUUUAUAUUUAACAAAAAAAGGGAAAGAAUAAGAACACCCAAAGAUUAAUUAUAAUUAAAAUAUAUAAAGUCUAAAGAAACAAAACUUAUUCGAAUUAUAUUUAAACAAACCCCUCCCAGAAAAGAAGAAACAAAACAAAAAUUAAAUUUAAGAACAAACAAAAGAAAUGUAUUUUACAAAGCAUCAAAGUCGGCAGCAAAGGUUCGAAUUUUUGGAAAAGUAUAUUAAAACAAAAUAAUUAUUUAUAAAGAAUCUCUAUAAAUGUUUCCAAGAAAAACAGAAAGUAAGGAAAUUCACCAUAACCACAAAAGAACGCUAACAAAGUUUAUUAUAAAACCGAAGCCUCAUGAUCAAUAACAAUUAUUUCAACUAAUAAGAACUACCAGAACAACCCAAAAGCAUACAGCAAAGAUAUGCAAAUCCCAAUCAAAUGCUAAACUACAAAUUAAUUGAUGUGUAAUAUGUUUCUUCCCCUUCGCCGUUCCCGCCCCUUAGAACAUUCUAUGUUUAAAUUAAUGUUAAUGUAUUUAUUAAUUCAUUUAUCUUUUCUCGGCAUCUACAAGAAAACAAAGAAAAACACAAAUAAUGCAAAGUUAAACGCAAAGAAAGUAAAUAAUAUUAUUAUUUCUAAAUGUAAGCAAAUUUUUGUCAAAAUUUAUUAUUAUUACAACUACAAUUAUUAUUAUUAUUACUUAUACUAUACGAAACACAUAUUUAAAACCGAAAAAAUGCUUUAUUGUUGGUUAUAAUUAAAAGAAUGAAGAACUUAAAAGAAACCCCUAAAAAAACUAAAGAAAUUAAGAGGAAGCAGUAGAAGAAAAUGUGCAGCAGAUUUUUAUUAGUAAUUUAUUAUUGAUAUUAUUUAUGAAUUAAGAUCAGUUGUGUGUAAAUUAAAGGCAGUAUUGAGGAAGCACGUAAAGACAAUAUAUCAAACAAUAAAAUGAUGGCUAGUCAAAUUAGAGCGGAGAUAUUCUUCCACCCACCCAGAACGAGCAAGAAUUCACAUUAUACAUAGUUGUUGUAAUUUUUAAUUCUAUUUUCCAUGUUGCUGUAUAUAGACUACAUAUAGCUGUCAUCAAAAUAGUAAUGCCUUAUUGAGAAAAAAUGCUUCGGCUUUUAAAUGUGAUUAUUUAAAAUUCUAAGAAUAAUUCCACAGCUAUAAAUAGCUAUUCUAUUCACACGAUAUUUAUUCAACCCUGGGUUAUAACAUAUUUAUUCAUUUUUGUAUAAAUUAACGGAUGAAGGAACUUCUUUUUUGAUGAAUCACUGUUUUAAAUCCAGAAAUAGAAAUUUGUGUUCCAAAUGGCCAUAAAUUCAAUGUAACCAUGGCAUAUUCAUUCUAUUCACAAGGAACCAAAUGCUAGGAAAUAUUUUGUGUUUCAAAGGGAUUUUAUUCCUCUUAAUAAAAUUAUUUACUAUAACUGAAUUGAAUUCGAAAAUAACAUUUCUUUUAAAUCAUAGUGCUAUUUCAAAUUUCAAAUCCCCAUGGUCUAACAGGUGGUCUAAUGUAAGAAAAUAGUAAAAAGUAUUGGCACUUUGCUAUCAAUGUAUUUGAACAAUUCAAUUCAAUGCUUGAUAAUAAGCCAAGAAAAAUUGUGCUCACAUUAAAAGGAUUUCUUAGGAAAUCAUUGAUUCUGUAUAAUUUUCCUAUGAAAAUAGAUAUCUGAGUCAAAGGGGGAGUAUUAAAAUCAUAUAUAUAUGUCUUGUGGUCCAUCCUAUAGAGGCUAUGGGUAAUAUAGCUAUAUGUAUAUAAAUGUUUGUGCAAUAUUCAUUUAAAUAGGUUAAAAUUGAAUAAAUCAAAUUUGGAAUCUGUGUAGUUACAAACAUAUUUCUAAAAAGUGCAAGCUCUCAAGAAAAAAGUGCAACUUACUUAAGCUCACAUUUUCAACAAUAAAAUGUAGAAAAUAACAUAUAUUUUGUGUCUAUUACAAAUCGCCCCAAUUACUGCGCUACAAUUUACAUACAACUGUUUUUAUGAAAUUGUAUUUUUUUAAUUAAUUUUAUUUUUUUUUUAUGUAUAUUUAUUAUAUUAUCGAAAUUUGUUAUAUAAAUAUUACCCUAAACAUAUACAUGCAUAAGUAUUUGUAUCAUUUUUCUGUUUCAUUUUUUUAUUUUUAAAUUGUACAUAGUUAUUAUUUUUUCGUUAGUAAGCAAUUAAAUAAUUUAAUUACAUUUUCUCUCAGUGUAUUUACAUGUUUUGAUAUUAUUUAUUUAUAAAAAGUAAAACAAAUGUGAAAUUGAUUUGGAUUUUAAGCGUUUAUAUUUUCAUGUUUCGCUCUCUCAAGGAUUCUUUUCUAGAAGUCUUUUGUGUGUGUGUGUGCGUGUGUUUGCUUCUUAUGGCAUUCGUUUCUGUCAUUCAGUCAGUCGGUUAGUUUUUAAAAACUAUAGAUCUCUCUAUAUAUACAUACUAACUUAUACAUACAUAUAUAUAAAUGCAUAAAAACCAAUAUUUGUUUUGAUUUUCUUUCUUUUUUUUUGGCAAAUUGGCAACACAAUUCACACUAUUUAAAAGAGAAAAAUAAUAAAAAAACAAAACCUAUGAAAACCAUUCUUAAGAGAAGGAACAACAAGAAAAUAGUAUUAUUACCAAUAAAAAAAAAAAUAAAUCCUAAAGAAGAAGAAAAAAAAUUGAAAAUAAAAUAUAUUAUGAAACAACACUGGAAUACCAAUACUAUUUAUAUUUAUUAUAAAAAAAAAAAACAAACAAAACAAAACUAUAUACAAUAAUUUAUUCAAAGCAGUCGAAAGUCUCAGUCAGUCAGUAAAACAGAUUUGCAAGUCGAAAACAACCAUGGGAUGGUCAUUUGAAAUCCAAUUUUCCCCCAAAAAAACUGGAUAACAACAACACUAAUAACAACAUCAGCAACAAAAACAAAAUUGAGAACAACAACAAAACGAUGAACCAGAACAAGAAGAAAUCAUGUAGUAUUAGAAAAAAGCAAAUUAAGAAUUAAAAAAAAAACACAAAGUAUAUACAAAAAUAUAUAUAUGAAAAAUUCAGAUAUAGUCAGAGUCAGAAGACCAGUGGAGAUGGAGAAGUAAAGUAACAAAAAGUGUAUAAUCAUUUAAAUAAAUUAAAUAAAUAAAUUAAUUAAAUAAAUAUGAACUGUAGCAAAUCGAUCGAUCA